AUGUAUUUUAAUAAAGAAAAAAACGAGAAUGAUGAAGAAAGUAAAAGGAACGUAGUAAAUAAAAAUAUGGUAAAUCAUAAAAAUAAAAAAUAUGUUAGAAAUAUAAGGCAAUCUGUUUACAAUAUUAAAUAUAUAAAUAAAUUUUAUAAACGUAAUAACGAUAUAAGAGUAAAAAAAGGUAAUAAUGGAACAACCUUUAAUAAUAAUUCAUUGAGCUCAAACAAUUUAAAAUUAGAAAGUAAAAAUAAUCAGCAAUCAUAUUUUAAUAAAAAUUCUGCAAAUAGAAAUAAUAAAGAAAAUACUCGAUUAAAUGCAUAUAAAAAGAACUAUUUUGAUCAGGAUAAUAUAAAUUAUAAUAGUUUAAUUAAUUCGCAAACAUCAGUUUGCUCUAUACAUAUUGAGAAAACAGAUGAUGAUAUUAAAAAUCAAAUAAAAUGCACUGAAUCAUAUUUAUAUGAUAAUAGAAAUAAUUCAAAUGAAAUUUCUCAGCAAAACUAUCCUAUGUUCGUAGAAGAAAUAAAUUUUAAUGAGAAUUUGGUUUUAUUAACAGGUAUACUUAUUCUAUCAAGUAAUGAUAAAAUAUUUAAUAACUUAGAAUUUGAAGGAAAAACACAUCCAUCGCCUAUUGAUUGUAAUUUAAGUAUUUAUGUUAAUGUUGUUAAUAAAUAUAAUUAUCAUUAUUUUAAACAAUUAUAUCCAGUAUCUUAUAAUUUUAAAAAUAGAUUAUUAUUUGCUUCUUUGAAUAAUUCUACCAUUGAUUCAUCAUUAUUAAUAGAUAAAAUUAUUAUUAAGGGAUGUUUUAAAACAUUAUCCUUAAUUGUAUUAGGACAAUCAGAAGAAAUAAAUGAAGCAUUAAAAUAUUAUAGAGAAAAUUUCUAUGACAGCAACUUGAGAAGCAAAAUUAAUGAAGAAACAUUAGAUGUAGAAAAUGUAGAUUUAGAAAAAGAUGAAAUAUAUGCACCUAAGAAAUCGGUAGAUAUAAAAACAUAUAAUAUAAAUACAUUAAUGGAAGAAAAUGUUACUUGGAAGAAAUAUAAUAAAAUGGAUUAUUUUCAUGAAGAUUAUUUAUCAGAAGAAGAUAAUCAUAAAGAAUUAUAUAAAUUGUCAAAUAUCUUAGAAGAAGAAUUUAUAAAAAAUAAUUUUCAAAAAAUGAAUAAUUCAGAUAAUAACUAUUUAAAAAGUGAAAUGAAAAAGGAGGAAGUAGGUAUUUCAUAUGAAAAUGAUAUAAAGAACAAUGAAGAAAUAAUAAUGAACAGUAAGAAUAAUGAAAUGUGUGAAAAUAUUAAAAAUAAUGAAAAUAACGAUGCAAAUUAUACUGAUUCAAAAUUAGAUGAAGAUAACGAAGAAAAAUAUAUGAAUUAUUUUAUACCUCCAAGAAAUGAUUUGAUAGUAAAAAUUUUAAAUUUACUUACGGAAAUAUAUAAAAGUAAAAAAGAAAUAUGUAAAAGUGACAUUUUAAUAUAUAAAAAAAUAAUUAAAUAUGGAGCAUUGUGGUUAUUUUACAUAUAUAAAAAUAUAAAAAAUAAAGAAGAGAAUUUUCUUAUAAAUUACUCAGAAUAUAUGCAAAUUAAAAUUCAUGAUAUACUAGGUUGUUUACUAAUAUUAAGAAGAUGUGCAUUAUAUUCAGAUUUAGCUAAAUAUAUAAUACAUAUGAAUUUUAACUCAGAUGUUUUAUAUUUUGAUAAUAAAUCUCCUCAUGUUUUAAUUUAUUUAAUUGAUAUGCUCCAUGUUAAUAAUAUUUAUUUUUUAUCAUCUUGGAAAAUUAAAACGUCAAUAUUAAAGACUAUUAUUGCUAUCAUUUCUAAUUCUUAUGUUAUGAACCUUUUUUGCAAUUAUGUUGACGAAAGUAAUGAAUCAUCAUAUAUAAAAUUGCUAAAAUUAUCAUCAACUAACAAAAUGAAAAGAUACAAUAUUAAAAGACUACUUGGUAUAAUUAUGAGUAAAGUAAAACUUUUUGAAGAAAUUAAUAAAUUUGAAAGCAGUAUUAUAGACAUAAUCUUAAAUAGGAGAAAUUAUGAUAAAACAUUAUUCAGCAAAAAAUUUAUUUCUAAAUUUAUUUAUGAACUAAAAAGUGUUCAUAAAGAGUUAUUUCAACAUACUUGUAAUCACGAAAGUAAAAACAGUUGCUAUGAUGCACUAUAUGAAAACGAAAUUUUUGUUUUUAAUGAGAAGAAUAAAAAGAAGAAUAAUUUUUAUUUACACAAAUUGCAUAACUAUAUUAUUUCUUAUUUACAAAGAAAUCAGUUUUUCACCCUUUUUAUAUAUAUUUUAAAGGAAUUUGAAGUUCAUAUAAAAAAUUCAUUAUUUUUAAAUUCUUAUGAUAUUUGCUUUAUUACUGCAGUUAACGAAUUUUUAUUUUAUUUUCUAAACUGUUCAGGUGGAAUUAACCUAUUAACAAAUUAUAAUAUAGAAUUAUUUGAAAAUUUGUAUAAAAGUAUAUGUUUAAUUAUAAAUAGAAAAAUGAAAGAAUUAAAUGCUAAUAUAAAUGAUAAAAAUAAUGAUUUGAACAAAUUAAAAGGUAAUGAUGAUAACUGUACUGAGGCUAAUGAACAAAUUCUUCAAAAUAAUGAAAAUAGAAUUGAUGAUAUUGAUAACUUAAGUGAAGACAAUAUUAAAAUAAAAAAUAGCGAAAAUGAAUUGAGUUAUGAGUUUGAAGAUCCAUAUAGUGAAAAUGCUGCAUUAAAAGAUAAAAAUAAAAGUACAUCUUUAAACGAUAAUAAAAAUAUUAUUAAUAUGAGUUACAAAAAUGAUAAUGUGAAUGAAUUUUUGAAUACAACAGAUUCUUUAAAAACUAUUGAAAGUGAAAACACUGUAAACAUAAAUAAUUCUACAUGUGAGAACAACACGAAAGAAGAAAAAGAAUUAUUAAAUAGUUUAGAUGAUAUAAGUGAUGAUUUUAUUUAUAAUGAAAAAAACUUUUAUUAUGAUAAUUUAAAGUGCGUUUAUACUUAUAAUGAUAUAUUAAGAAAUAAGGAUAUUUCUGAGAAGUUUUAUUUAGAUGGCUAUAAUUAUAAAGAUAUUAAAAAUACUCGUAAUUAUUGUUCUUUUAUUUUAUGCUCAUUGAAAACAUUUUCGAGAGUAGACAUAUUAAUUAACAAUUUUUUUAAUUUAGGAGAAGAAAUAUCACUAGAAUAUUUAAAGUUUUUUAAUGUAUUAUGUUCAUAUCCUUUAUCUAAAUUAGCUCUAUACAAUAAUAAUAAUUUUUAUAAUUUUUUUCUUCAUAUUAUUUAUCUCUUUUACUAUUUUAUACAUUUAGAAAAAUUAUAUGAAAAUAAAAUGAAUGAAUCUACAAAAAAAAAAGACAAAAUUGAUAACAGUAAUGAAGAGGAAGAAGAUAAUAAAGAGAAAAAAAAGGAUGAAAAGGAAAAAGAAAAAGAAAGAAAAAAAAAUUAUGCAAAAAAUUUGAGCAUAUCUAAUAAAAUAGAAGAAAAUGAUACUAAUUCAAAUGAAUUUGUUUUAAUAUCUAUUCGAUAUAUAUUAAAUAUUAUUUAUAAUUUAAUAUUCUAUGAUGAAUCAGGAUAUUUUAUAUUUCACUUUGGUUAUUCGAUUUUUGUAUGUCUAGAAGAAAUUAGAAAUAUUACAGGAGAAAUAAAAAAAAAAAAAGAUUACUCAUUUGGUACACUAAAUUACAAUGUACCUAAGAAGAUAUUCUUAAAAGAUUAUAUAAGCAGUGAUAAAUUAUUUUAUAAAUAUUUUUUUUAUUUAUACGAAAAUUUAAAAAAUUUGUAUAUUGAUUUAUAUAGAUAUGAAAAAAAAAAAUUUAAUGAAAUGCACAUUAAUAAAAAAAAAGAAUCAUAUAAAGAAAGUAUUUUUAACAUUUUAAAUAAAUAUAAUCAAGAGCUAAAUAAAAGUUAUAUAAAUAAAAUAAAUGAUGAUAAACGAAAUAGAAGUAUAAAUAAUGAUAUUAAUAAAAUAAAACAAAACUUGUUUAACAAUGAAGAAAUUUUCAUAAAUUUGCUACCAUUAAAAUCUAAUUAUACUCCUAAUGUCAAUAAAAUAAUUGAAAGUUGUAAAAUAGAAAAAGAUAAGUACUCUUUAAAAAAAUCAAAAGAAUUAAAUAACUAUAAUUGUAAAUUAAAUAAUGAUAUAUAUAUAAAUCAAUCAACAAAAAAUUGUACACGACUUGGAAGCACAAAUAACCAGUAUGUUGAAUUAUUAGAAGAGUUAGAUGAUAAUCCUAGUAAUAAUCUAAGCAAAAAACUAGACACAUAUCCAUUUUUAUCUUUAAAUUUAUUAUAUUAUUACAUGAAUUUAUGCUAUAAUAUCUAUUAUUUUAUGAAUGUAUAUGAAAACGAAAAAGAUGAAUCAAAUCAAGAAAAAGAAUUUUUUUUUAUUAAUAAUUCUGGUUUCUUUUAUAAUAACGACUUUGAAUAUAAUAAUUAUAUAUGUAUAAAAAAUGAUAAGAUUGAUGAAAUAAACAAGCCAAUUAAAGAUGUAUAUUAUACUAAAAAGAAAAGUAAAGAGAAUAAAAUAUUUAGAGAGGAAAAUAAUUACGUAAGUAACGAUGAAAAAGAAAUAUUCUCAGAUGAUUACUUAAAUUCUAUAAAUUAUAUAAAUAAAUAUGAUCAGAACAAUUUUAAAAAUAUAGGAACAAUAUUAUAUAAUGAAAAUAAUUUAGAAUUCUUAAUAAAAUUAAUAUCCAAAUCCAUAUUUUUCUUAAAUGUAAAUAUUUUUAAAUUAGCUUUAUUGAAUUUUAAUAAAUUAAGUGGAAGAAAUCUUUACAGAAUUUUGAAAAAUAGAUUAAAAAGUAUAUUUUUUGUUAAAAGUGUUUUAAAUAUUUUAUUUAAUUUUUUUUAUAAUUUAACAUAUAAUAAUAAUUCUAUAACAUUAAAAUCAUAUAGGAAUAAUGAAUUAUUAUAUUCCUUAUUGUAUUUAUUAACUAAAUUAUUAAGUUUUAAUGAUUGGCUUGGAUCAAAUAAUGUAUCAGAAUACAAUCAUCAUUCUUCUAUUUUUGUUUUAAGAUAUAAUAUUAUUUAUAUUCUAAGAAUAUUUUACAUUUGGUUUAAUAAAACGUCAGAUAAUCAAUCAUUUUUAUUUCGUUGCGUUUUAAAAUAUACAAGAUCAAUACCAUCAUUUAGUACAGCAGGUAUGCUUCUUAUUUUAACAUUUUUUGAUUUCAAAAACAUUUUUCCAGAUUACAUAUAUUCCUUUUAUAUUACUAAUAAUUUAAAGAAUAUAUGUUAUGAUAGUAUAAAGAACAAUGUAAAAAGUAAUGAAGGUGAUACUGAAGAAGAGGAAGAAGAAGAAAUAUUAGAGGAAUCAGAAUUGGAAGAAAAUAAUGAAGAAGAAAAAGAAGAUGAAUAUACAAUAGAACAUGAGACAGAACAAAAACAUGAGCAAAAUGAAGAUUAUAUAAAAAAAAUAGAAAAUGAAAAUAAAGAAAAGGAGUGUGAGCAAUAUAUAGGACAAGAUAAUAUAUAUUCUAAUAUUAUCAAAGAAGAAAACAAAGGGGGGGAUUCCUAUAAAGAUUAUAGUGAAGAGGAAAAAAUUUGUGAAGAAAAAGAAAACAAAAAAAGAAUAAUAGAUAAUGAAAUGAAUAGAAAAGUAAAAGAUAAAGAAAAUGAGCAUCCAAAUGAUAUAAUUGAUGAUGAUUUAUAUUAUGAACUCUAUGAAGAACAAAAUUGUAAUAAAUAUAAAUAUGAGAUGUUAAAUGAAGAAAAAACAAGUUAUGAGGAUAUUCCUUCUAGUGAUAACACAAAGCAUAAACUUGAUGAGAAUAUCAAUUAUAGUAGAAAUAUAAAAAUAGAAAAAGACAAUAAUAUUAUAGAAGAUGAACUUUCAAAAGAAAAUGAAAAAAAUGAAAAUAGGAAAGAGGAUAGAAAUGAAGUGUUGAAUAAUAAAAUAUACAAAGACAAUAAUAAUUUACAUAAUAAUACAAAUAUUAAAAAUGAAAAUAGUGAUAUAAAGGAAUAUGAAGAUAUAAUUAAUAGAAAUAGUAAAAAUUUAAAUACCAUUAAUAAUAAUAUAAAAGAAAAAAGAUAUUUAAAUGAUUCUUCUAUUAUUAAAAACAGUCAUAAAUAUGACAAAUUAACUUUAUGUAAAAAUAAUUAUGAGACAUUUAAUUAUUAUUCUCAUAUUUUAAAUAAUAGUAGUAUAAAUUAUUUUAGUGAUUUAGAAGAUGAAGAAGAAGACGAAGAUAGAGAGAAAGAGGAGAAUGAUGAAUUAAUAGAGAACAAAAGAGAAAAUAUUAACAAUAAUAUUAUUAAAGAAAAAAAGGAAGAUUAUAAAGAAAAUUUAAAUAAGGAAAAAGAUUUAGAAAAAAUAAUUUUAUAUUGUAAAUUAAGUAAUCCAUUUAAUAUUGAAAAAAGAAGAAAUUUAUAUUUAUGCUGUUCUAUAAAUAUAAAAAAAAAAAUAAUGAAUGAGAAGUAUUGUGAGUUUUUUCGUAUUUUUAAUUUAAAUUAUUCUUCUGAUGAUUAUGAAGAGGUGUUUUAUUCGGAUAAUAAUAAGAAAUCAAACGAUAAUUAUGUUUCUAUGAUAGGUAAUUUGACAAUUAACUUGAAAGAUUUGAAUGAAAAUGAAAAUAGCAAUGACGAUGCAAAUAAUCAAGCGAAUUAUAAUUGUUUUGAUGAAGAUGCUUUAAAAAAUUAUAUAGGAAAUAAAAUUAAAGGAAUUUCUUUUUUAUCUACUGAUAAAAUUUAUAAAAACAAAAAAAAUUUAAGAGAUUUGCAUAAUGAAAAUAAUAAUUUAAAUAUUUUGAGUAAUAAUGAUGAUAAUAAUUUUAUGAGAAACAAUGAUAAGAAAGAGAAUGAUUAUCUAAACUACAAAAACAAAGUAGAAGAUAAAAAUAAUAAGGAAAAAUUAUAUUAUAACAAGUCAGAAGGUGCUACUUCUCCAUUUUCUAUUAAAAAUUUUUUACAAGAUAGUGAUGAAGUGCACUAUGAAAAUAUAUUAGAUAAAUUGAGAAGGAAAGAAUAUUUAUUUGAUCAAAACAUUAAUAUGAAUAGCUUAAAGGAAGAAGAAAAAGAAAAAUUAACAUUAAUAAGAAAAGAAUUAAAAAUUAGGGAAUACACAAGCUUUGAAGAUUUUUGUGAUUAUAUCAAUUUUAUUAUAAGAGUAAGCAAAAGUAAUAAUGUUAUUGGAAGAUGCUUAAGUGCAUAUUGUUGCGUUAUAUUUAUAAACCAUAGAAUACCUAUAUUUUCAAUUUUAUUUGAAUAUGUUCGUAAAACAAUAAAUAAUAUAAAAAAUUUAAAUUCGUUUAAUAAAAAUAAUGAUAGCAAUACAAGUAUAUGUAUGAAUAAAAUCAAUUACUUUUCUUUUUUUUCAUAUAACAAUACCCAAUCAAAUAAUGCUUACUACACAUAUAAUCAAGAGAUAUAUCAUCUUAAGGAGCUCUGUAAUGUAUUUUCAUUUAUCCUGGACAUUUUAAAAAUAUGCUUUUUUAAUAAUUAUAAAAAUAACUACAAUAAACUAAUUAAGCUAAUAUAUUUUCCGUCAAAAAAAUUAUUGAACAUGUUAUAUAAUAUGAUUAAAAAUUUAAAAAAAGUAUUCCCUCAAGAACUUAUUAGAUUUAUUAUAAAAUUGUCAAGCACUAUUUUUCAUGGUUAUGCAUAUGUUCUUUUUAUAUUUUUUAAUAAACAUAACAUUUUAUAUAAUGAAGAUAAAUUUAAAAUAACAUGUUUAAAAGAAGAUGUUAAUGAAAAUUUUGAUAAUAAUAAUAAUAUUUUAUUCAUUAAUAAAGAAGUUUAUUAUAAAGAAAAGGAAUUUAUAAUAAAUCAAAGUAUAGAAGAAAAAAGAAUUAACAGAUAUCAGAAUCUUAAUAAUAACUAUAAAAAGAAAAUAUUAUUUUCGUGUCCCAAUUUUAUUAAAUACAUAAAUUUUUUUAUUAAUUAUUUUUUUGAACUAAUUAAUACAAAAAAUAUUGUUGACAACAAUAAUAAAGAAAUACUUUAUAAAUAUGCAGAUUAUAUUGACAUAAAAACUGUUAAUCUUUGUUUAAUAAAUAUUUAUGAAAUAGUGAAAAAUAAAAUUUUAUAUUUCUUCACCUUUUUUAAUGUAGAAAAGAAAUUGAUUAAUUUUUUUUUUAGAUAUAUACAUAAUUACAAAGAUAAAAUGAAAAGAAAAACAGUUUUCCAAAAAAAUAAUAGCCUAAGCAUGGAAGAAUAUAUUGAAAAUCACAAUAAUGAAAUUAUAUAUAUUCAUGUAUAUGAUUUUUAUAUAAAAUUAAAUGAACAUAUUAAUAUAGGAAAGUUAUUAGAAUUCUUUUCCUUUUAUUUUGAUAUUAUUGAAGAAACAAAUUAUAAAAUUAUUGAAUUAUAUGAAUAUAUUAAUAUUAUAGAUAUUAUAUUAAAUAUUAUUUUAAAAAUAAUAAAUUAUAAUUUUAAUUCUUUAUUUAUUCUUAUGCAUUUAAUUCUUAAUGAUAAUUCUUUUACUAUGAAAUUUAUAAAAAUUCAACAAAAUAAAAACAAUUUUGAAAGGCAAAAAUCAUUUAAGGAAAAAAAGAAAAUUAGUCACAGAAAUGGAAAUGAAAAAAUAAAUAAUGAUGAUAUAAAUUAUAUAGAAGAUUUUAAAAACAAUUUUUUAAAUAACUUAUUAAAUAGUUUAAAUAAUCUGUACGCCUUUAUAGUUAAUGCAAUAGAGAAAAAUUGUGAUGAAGAUACAAAUAAUACAAAAGAAAAGGACUUAAUAAAUAAAAAAGAGAAGGCAUUAGAGUCAUCAUAUAUUUCUGGUAUUAAUACAAAUGAAAAAACAAAUAAUGAAAUUUCAAAUCAGGAUAUAAAUAUAAAUCAAAACAGUUCAUUAUAUAUUUUAUCUAAAAUUAUUUUAAGUAUGAUUGAUAAAUUGAAAUCAAUUAAGAAAAAAGUUCUUAAUUUAAAUUCUUCGUUUGCUUCAAACAUAACUUUUAAAAACUUUCUUUUAUUUACAUGUUAUGAUAUAAAAGAAUUAAAUAUUCUGUACAUGAAUCAAAAUAUAAAGAAGCAUAGAAAAAAUAGUUUAGAUAGUGCUCUUCUAAGUUGCGAAAUAUCCUUAAAAAGAAGAAAAAUAGAAGAAAAAAAACAAUUAUUAGAUAAUAAUAAUGAUGAAAUUAAAACAGACUUAAAUCAGGAAAUAGAAAAUAAUAACAAUGAGGUACAUGUAAUCAACUUAUAUAAUGUAAAUGAACUAGAUGAAUAUAAAUCAAACAAUGAAAUUAAUGAAAUAAAUGAAAAUGGAUUAGAUAAAAUUGAGGUAAAUGACAAUAAUUUAAAUGAAAAUGAUACAAAUGAAAAUACUGUAGAUACAAACAUAUUAAAUAGAAUAUUUCUUAAAGAUGAUAAAUCAAAAGAUUAUUCCUUUUUUUUUGAAAAUGUCUUCAAUGAUAUUAACUUAGCAAUAAACAAUAAAUAUUUAUUUAGUAAAUUAAGUGAUAUUUUUUUCUCUAAAAGCAUAUUAAAUAAAAUAAUCAAAUCAUUUGAAUCUCAUCAACACUUAGAUGAUAACUAUUUAAUAACUAUAAAAAAUAUUAAUUCAAAUAAUUUAAUUCCAUCAGUUAAUAAGAAAUUAUAUGAUCACUGUUCUCAUAUACUUUGUGAUAUUCAGUCAAAUAUAUAUUUGAAUGAAAAUGAUGAAGAUAGAAAAAGUUUUACACUAUUUAACAUUGCUCAAGAAAAUAAAUCAAAAGAAAUUGAUGAAAACCAUUCAUUAUAUAAUUACAUAAGGCUAUUAAAAGAGGAGAAUAAUAAAUUACAAAAAAAAAAAAUAGAUUUAAAUACUCAGCUUAUGCAAUCAAAAGGUAAACAAUUCAAGAGAAUUGAUAAAAACACAUUUGAAGAUCAUUUCAGAAAUAGAAAAACAUUAUCAUCAAGAGCUCCAUCAAAACAUGUUGAUGAUUACGAAGCCACAAAUGCUACUAUUAAUAAUACUACGACCAAUAAUAAUAAUAAUAAUGAAAAUGAUGAAACGAAUAAUGAAAAUAAUGAAAAUAUUGAUAUAAAUAAUAAAAAUAAAUUUAAUAAUGUUAUAAAUAAAAAUAUAAGUAACCAAGAAAAUAAAACAAGUAAUACAAUAAAUAGUAACCUUAAUAAAAUAAAUGUAAAUAAUAAUAUAAAUAAUAGUAAUGAUUUUAUGACUAAUAUAAAUAAUGAUAAUACUACUACCAGUUCAAAUGCGAAUAAUAUAAAAAAUGAGAAUAGUAAUAUUACAUUAAAUAAAAAUAAUUUAACAAAUAAUUUGGUUAAUAAAAUAGGAAUAGAUGCUAAUAAAGAGAUGAAACCAAACGAUCCAAAACAUAUGGACAAUUCAAUUAAAAUGGUUCCUUCUAAAGUGAAUAUUUUAAGAAACUCUAAAAAAUUUCAUAACCCAAAUUAUAUUAAUAAAGAAAAUUAUAAUAAUAUGAACAAUGAUAGUUAUAAUGAUAAUUAUAAUAAUGAUAACUAUAAUGAUAAUUUUAACUAUAAUAGUCAAAAUAUUAAUAGUUAUGACAAUUAUAACUAUGAAAGCUAUAAUAAUGAUAAUUAUGAUAAUUUUAAUAAUUAUAAUAACAACAUUAACAGUUAUAACAAUAACUAUAAUUAUGAUAAUGAUAUAGCAAAUAAUGCAGGCAUUGAUAAUAUUCAUUCAUCUAAUUAUUCUUUUAAUUCAAAUAAUAACAUUAACCUAAAUAAUGUUGCUGAAGCAAAUAAUAAUAUUAAAAGUGAUGUUAAUAAUAAUAAAAACAUAAAAAUAUAUGACUAUAACAACAUAAUAAAUAAUGAAAAUAUAAGUACAUUACAUAUGAAAAGUCAUCAUAAUAUAUCUGAUACUAAUCCUCCUUUUUUUAAUUAUAAUAAAAAUGAUAUCAACAAUAAUAGUAAUAAUGAUAUCGAAAUUAAAGAUAGUAAUAAUAAUAUAACACAUGAUACUAAUGAAAAUAAUAAUUCACAAAAUUCUAAUUAUAUAUCUUCUAAUAAUUCGGACGUAAACAAUAGCCAUUUCUUUGAUUCUCCUAACUUGAAACACAUAAAUAAUAAUGGAAACCAAAAUAAUAUAAGUAAAAAUGCAACUAAUGAAAUUAAAGAAACAAAUGAGUUAAGUAAAAAUUCUAAUUUUGACGAUUGCGAUUGCUAUAAAUUUAAUGUUUUAGGAUGGAAAGAAUUUUCUCAAGAUGGACAUAAAAAUGAUUUAGAUGUUUGUAAAAUUGUUAAUAAACCAGUGUUAUUAAGAGAUCCUCGCAUUAAAAUGAAAUUUCUUAAAAUAUUAGAUAGACAUAAAAAUAUCAAAGAUAUAUUUAAAAGACUUGGAGUUGAUAUUAAAUAA